UCUAGAUAUAACUUGCUUGUGCGUCAGUGCAAUAAAUGCUCCGUGAUACCACACAUGUCUUUUAUUUAGCAGUGGCGACGAGGAAAAUUUAAUACUAUCGGACGAUUAAUAUUAACAUUUAAAGAUGUCGGUGGGGAAAGUGCGUGAAUUUGAUGUGAAGAAUGGCAAUUGGUGCGCGUACGUGGAUCGUUUGGAGAUGUACUUUGUGGCGAAUAAAAUAACGGACGAACUUAAAUUACCGACGUUUAUUGCACUCAUCGGUGAGCAGGCUUACGAGUUGCUAUCGACGUUAGCAAGCCCAAAGAAGCCGUCAACACUUACGUAUAAAGAAGCUGUGGAAACAUUGCGAGCACAUCUGCAACCGAAACCAUCUAUACUGGCUGAGCGGUUUAGAUUUCGGCAAAGACAACAACUAACUACAGAGACAGUAGCGGAGUAUGUAGCAGAGUUGAAGAAGAUGUCACGUUAUUGCGAAUUUGGAGCUACACUGGAGGAAAAUCUCCGAGACCAGUUUGUUUGUGGGCUUCGUAGUGAAAUAAGUAGGCAAAGAUUAUUUGCUGAGGGUAAUUUGGAUUACACAAAAGCAGUGGCAUUAGCUUGUACUCUAGAGGCAGCCGAGCGGGAUGCCGGGGCCGUUGAGAAAAAGCGUGAACAAGAAUCGGCUGAAAAUAUUCACAAAAUAGAAGAGAAGAAUUGUACAGUGUGUGGUGGUACCCAGCAUAGGGCAGUCGAGUGCCGAUACAAAGAAUUUGAAUGCAACUAUUGUAAGAAAAAAGGCCAUUUGCAAAGAAUGUGUGGGAAGAAGGCAUCAAUACAGCGGGGGCAUUACAGCUUCGGCGGUCGAAAGUCACUUCGAGGUCGCGCAAACGGCCCAGGAGUGCACAGCGGGUGGCGAAGCAGGGGCGCGGGUGCGAGCGCGGGCGGCAGGGAAGGCCGCGCGGCGCACACGCAUUGGCUGGCCGAGCGCCCCGAGCGGGCCAAGCCCGGGGACAGCGAGCACGAGGACAGCGCGGACGACUACGAGCCGAUGUAUCAAAUGUCUUUAAACAAAUAUUCGCCGGUGGGUAUGCGUAUUUUAGUUAAUAAAAAAGAAUUAAAUAUGGAAGUUGAUACGGGCUCGGCUUUAUCUUGUAUCAGUGUUAGUACUUAUAGGCAAAUGUUUAACGAAUUAAUAUUGAAACCGUGCCGUUUAAGGUUACGAUUCUAUGAUGGAUCGGUCAUACGUCCACUAGGAUAUGUGGAGGUAGUAGUAGAUUAUCGAGGAACAAAAAAACUAUUGGAUUUAUACAUUAUAGAUAAUGGCACGACUAGUUUACUUGGUAGACAGUGGAUAUCAGAAUUAAAUAUUGAAAUUCCUAAGAUUACUGUACAUCAUGUCCAAGAGAAGGAAGUAUGUAAAGUUAAGUUGUUAAAUGAUAUCAUUUACAGGCAUAAGAACCUCUUCGAUGGCACAUUGGGCAAAUAUACUGGACGUGAAGUAGAUUUACAUGUACGUGACGGCACUGAACCUGUGUUCCAUCGAGCGCGGCCCGUGCCGUACGCACUGCGGCCUCGCAUCGACGCCGAGCUCGACUCCAUGCUGAGCGCUGGCGUCAUCGAGCCGGUGGAGCGCUCGGACUGGGCAACUCCUUUGGUCAUAGUAAGGAAGGCGGAUGGCGGGAUUCGGUUAUGCGCUGAUUUCAAGGUAACACUCAACAAAUCUUUAUUGGUCGACAGAUACCCGGUUCCCAAGGUAGAUGAUCUGUUUAGUGAUCUUAGUGGAAAUAACUAUUUUACCAAAUUGGAUUUAUCACAAGCCUAUAACCAACUGGUUCUUAGCGAGGCUUCAAGAGAGUACACAGUCAUUAAUACACAUCGGGGACUCUUUAAAUAUAAUCGCCUGGUGUAUGGCCUGGCAUCUAGUCCGGGAAUCUUUCAAAAAUUUAUGACGGAUCUAUUUAAAAACGUACCAGGCGUAUUAAUAUUUUAUGAUGAUAUUUUAAUUAAAAAUAAUUCAUUAGAUUCUCAUUUAAAUUCUGUUGAACAAGUUUUUAAUAUUUUGGAAAAAAAUGGAUUAAAAAUUAAAAAAGAAAAAUGUGAGUUUAUGGUCGAACAAGUUAAAUAUUUAGGGUUCAUUAUUAAUAAAUAUGGUGUACACGUAGACUCAGAGAAAAUCAAACCAAUUUUAUCCAUGCCAUACCCAACCAAUGUAUCUGAAUUAAAAUCAUUUCUCGGCAUGGUGAAUUUUUAUGGUAAGUUUAUCAAAAAUUUAAGUUCCGUAACGCCAUUGUACGACUUACUGAAAAAGGGUAAACAUUGGAAAUGGACUAGUAGCCAUAGCAAAGUCUUUCAGCAAAUUAAGCAAUUAUUAUGUAGUACGGAGGUCUUAACUCAUUUUGACGCGGCUUUAGACAGCAUAGUGACGUGCGACGCUAGCGCCGGCGGGCUGGGCGCGAUUCUGGCGCAGCGCGGGCGCGACGGCCGCGAGCGGGCGGUCGCGUACGCGUCGCGCGCGCUCACUCAGCCCGAGCGACAUUAUAGUCAAAUACAAAAGGAAGCGCUCGCCAUUAUUUUUGCAGUGGAUAAAUUUCAUCAAUAUCUCUACGGCAGGCAAUUUAGACUACGCACUGAUCAUAAGCCGCUCGUUGCUAUUUUUGGACCGAAUACGGGAAUUCCGAACACGGCCGCUAGUCGUCUGCAACGGUGGGCGAUUAAGUUGUCAGCCUAUGAAUUUGAAAUAGAAUAUGUUCGAACAGAUAAAAAUACAGCGGAUGUUUUGUCUCGUUUAAUUAGUAAACAUAAAGAGGGGGUUAUUAGUGAAGAAACGAAAGCACCUGAACAAACUUAUUUACAUUUUGCAGUAGAUUCAUUAUUAUUAGAUUAUAAUGUUAUUAAAAGAGAAUCAGUUUUAGAUCCGUUAGUGAGCAGAGUUAUGCGAUAUGUAAACGAGGGCUGGCCCUUAGAGGAAGAGAUUAGAGAAUUAAAACCUUACUGCAAUCGGAAAAAUGAACUUUAUACCGAAUUAGGCUGUUUAAUGUGGGGUCAAAGGGUCGUUAUACCAAACUCAUGCAGGAAGAAGGUAUUAACUGAGCUUCACGAAGGUCACAUGGGUAUAGUAAAAACCAAAAGUCUGGCUCGGAGCUACGUGUGGUGGCCCGGCAUCGACGAGGCGCUGGAGACGGCGUGCCGCGCCUUCGCGGUGUGCGCGGCCGUGGCGGACGCGCCGCCCGCGCAUCCGUCGCGCGCCUGGCCGUGGCCGGAGCAGCCCUGGGCCAGACUGCACCUUGAUUUUUUGGGACCGAUAGAGGGUCUAACUUACCUUAUUAUAAUAGACGCACACUCUAAAUGGAUUGAAGCUAUUAAGAUGACAUGUACGUCUUCAUCGUCAGUCAUAAAGGUUUUACGGGAAAUAUGGGCUAGAUUUGGAAUACCGAAACAGAUAGUUAGUGAUAACGGGCCUCCAUUUUUUUCUAAGGAUUUUGAUCAAUUUUUAAAAGCUAACGGUAUUCAACAUAUUUUCUCAGCGCCCUAUCACCCCGCUUCUAAUGGAGCUGCGGAGAACGCCGUGAAAGUAUGUAAAAGAACAAUUAAAAAGGCUCUCAAAUCAAACGAUGACGUCCAUGCGGCUUUACAGCGUUUCUUGUUAGCAUACAGAAAUACAGAACACUACACCACUGGUGAAAGUCCAGCUAAAUUAUUAUUAGGGCGUAGGGUGCGCAUGCGAUUGGAUUGCCUCAAGCCGGAUCAUAGUGUGCGAGUGACGCGGGUCAGGCAGGAGCAGGCGGACGCGGCCGCCGGGGGCGUCGUGACGCGCCAGUUUGACGUCAAUGACCCAGUUUGGUUCAGAGAGUAUGGUAAGUCUAAAAAGUGGGCACCUGGUACAAUUUCACGAAACUUAGGUAACACUGAUUAUCAAAUAAGAUCUGCCAACGGAACCGAGGUACAUAGACAUGUUGACCAACUGAGAAAGAGAGUGUUAUGUGAAAUAGGCACGACCGCGAUGGAUCGUUCAUUACGAUUAACGGACGUUCGAAGUGAGCAACCCAGGGCGGUACCGCGGCGAUCUCGUCCUUCUUUAUUAUUUCCAACAGCUACGGAGGGAGGCGCCGCCAGCGGAGCGCCGGCAGCGGACCCCGAGGUCGCGCCCGCGCCACGGGAACCCAGCGAGCCCAGUGGUUCGACCGCACUUCCGGAUUUGCCCAGUGUGCCUGAGCGGAACGAUAAUGUAAAACGUGUUCCGAAACCUACUAAAAGAUAUGGAAUAGAUGAGAUUUAUCCCUAACGGUAUUUAUCACACUUUCUGUGUUUUUGUAUGUCGGAAUAUGUUGAUAGUAACAGCGUUGUACCAUAUGUUAAUUCUUUAAAGUUUAAUAUUUUUGGUUAUUAGUAAAUAUAAUUAAUUAUAUUAUCAGUUUAGUAAAUAAGGGUGGAGGUGACAAGUAUGUACCGACAUAAGUUGAUAUUGUAUUUGAAGGUAUCUAGAUAUAACUUGCUUGUGCGUCAGUGCAAUAAAUGCUCCGUGAUACCA